AUGGCUCCGCGGCUUCUGCAUCCCGACGAGUACGAGCUCGUGUCCCGGUCGUCCCUGGAUUCCCGAGACAGUUUCGACCUGGACGCCGCAGAUUUCGAAGCUCAAUCCUUGACCAGCCCAAGCUACCCAAAACAGAGAACCUCGCUACUCAAUCGCAUUUUCCUUUCCGUCCCCUUUCUUCGCCAUCAACGCCUCUUCCGCAACCGCAGAAUCCAGUCAAAAUUAAGCUUAAAGAAGUCCCGACGGUUAUGUCACCCUUGCAGGUAUCGUCGCUUGUGCUUUGCUCUACACUGCCUCUUCGCAAUCCUAGGCAUCCUUAUUCUAUUCACACCUAUCUUCCGCCCUUCCUAUACGCAAAGGCCAUCCCAUUAUAAUAUUCUUCGAGACAGUAUCCUAGGCUCCUCGAACCACGGCCGCGGUAAUCCACGCAACGAAAAGGUCUUCAUCGCUGCAAGCAUAUAUGACCGUGACGGAAAACUUGCGCGUGGCCAGUGGGGCAAGAACGUCCUAGAUCUAAUUGACAUUCUGGGACCAGAUAACACGUAUUUAAGCGUGUAUGAGAAUGAUUCCGGGGAUGACUCCUUGAUCGCACUCCGUGAAAUGGAAAAGAAGGUUCCGUGUAACCACUCAAUGAUAUACGAACCCCAUCUGGAUUUGAAGCAUGUUCAGCAUAUAGCCCUUCCAGGUUCUUCCGAACGCGUGAAACGGAUUGCUUUCCUGGCAGAAGUGCGUAAUCGUGCCUUGCGCCCCCUUGAUGAACCAGACCAGGUGAGGUUCGAUAAACUGCUUUAUUUAAAUGAUGUCUUUUUCAACCCAGUAGAUGCUGCGCAGCUUCUUUUUUCCACGAAUGCCAAUGAUGACGGGAAGGCCCAAUAUCGCGCGGCGUGCGCUGUGGAUUUUAUUAACGCCUUCAAAUUCUACGAUACCUUUGCCGCCCGAGAUUUAGAGGGUUACUCUACUGGAGUUCCUUUCUACCCUUGGUUCUCUACAGCUGGUAAAGGUGAAAGUCGUCGUGAUAUAUUAGAACAACGAGAUGCUGUUCGGGUUAGAAGCUGCUGGGGUGGCAUGGUUGCAUUCGAUGCAUCGUUUUUUCAAGCAGUAUCGUCACCGUCUCUUAGUGCUUCACAUAGUGGUAAGAGCGACGUGCGCACCCAAGCGUUUCAUCCGGUCCGAUUUAGAGCGGAAACAGAUCCUUACUGGGAUGCGAGCGAAUGCUGCCUAAUACAUGCCGAUAUUCAAAUCCCACCACACAAAUCCAAGGAGCCCACUAGUACCGGAAUUUAUAUGAACCCUUACAUCCGCGUUGCAUACGACACAUCCACUCUCUCUUGGUUAAGCUUUACUAGAAGGUUUGAAAGGCUCUAUUCUUUGCCUCAUAAUAUUCUGAACCAUCUUGUUGGCAUGCCAUGGUACAAUCCUCGCCGUGAAGAACGGGGAGGCAACAAGGUUGAGCAAAAGGUCUGGGACCCUAAAGGCAAGUCCUACAACAAAGUGAUCCGAACUGCAGGAACAGGCGGCUUCUGCGGACGCCGCGCUUUGCAGGUGAUGAUCACCAAUCCUAAGAAGGGGCAAAAGAACUGGGAAAUGCUACCAGUACCAUCUGAGUAA